CUGUACACUACACAGAUACCAGUACUGUACUCUAUAAUCUGUAAUCUGUCAAGUUCUGGCUCCACUGCCCCUCGUCUUAAUAAUCCACCCCCCUCUUCCGCUUUUUUCUUUUCUUCCAUUUCCGUCUCUCACCACCUCUUGAUCUUCCUUAUAAACCCUCCUCUAUCCCCCCCCCCAAGAAACCCUCAACAGAAACCGUCAAGUUGUUUUCCUCCGCCUUUCGUCGAUUUCCUUUCUCUUCCAUCCGGUCUUCUCUGGGAUUGACCGCGGCUGCUGCCUCUUCUCUGCAUCAGAAAUCUUCUCCAUCUGCGUCUGUUCUUUCGAGUCCGUUUACGGCGCCAGCGAGCGUCAAUUCGUCUUCCAGAAUGGUGCACACCAAGGUUGUUAUCAUCGGCUCCGGCCCCGCCGCACACACUGCCGCCGUCUACCUCUCGCGAGCGGAAUUGAAGCCCGUCCUCUACGAAGGUAUGCUGGCCAACGGCACCGCAGCCGGCGGUCAGCUCACCACCACCACCGACAUCGAGAACUUCCCCGGUUUCCCAGAUGGCAUUGGCGGCGCCGAACUGAUGGAGGCCAUGCGCAAGCAAUCCAUCCGCUUCGGCACUGAAGUCAUCACAGAGACCAUCUCCAAGCUGGACUUGUCGCAGAAGCCCUUCAAACUCUGGACCGAAUACAACGACGGCCCCGACAACGAGCCCGCCCACACCGCCGACGCCGUCAUCAUCGCCACCGGUGCCAACGCGCGCCGUCUCAAUCUCCCCGGGGAGGAAAAGUUUUGGCAGAACGGUAUCUCCGCCUGCGCCGUCUGCGAUGGUGCCGUGCCCAUCUUCCGCAACAAGCCGCUCUUCGUCAUUGGUGGUGGUGACUCCGCCGCCGAGGAGGCCAUGUUCCUCGCCAAGUACGGCAGCCGCGUGACCGUUCUCGUCCGUCGCGACAAGCUCCGUGCCUCCAAGGCCAUGGCCAACCGUCUCCUCGCGCACCCCAAGGUCACUGUUCGCUUCAACUCCGUUGCCACCGAGGUGCUGGGUGAUGCCAAGCCCAUGGGUCUCAUGACCCACCUCCGCGUCCAGGACACCGUCUCUGGCCAGGAGGAAGUCGUCGAUGCCAACGGUCUGUUCUACGCUGUCGGCCACGACCCCGCCAACGCUCUGGUCAAGGACCAGGUCAACCUCGACGAGGAUGGCUACAUCAUCACCCAGGCUGGUACCAGUUACACCAGCCGCGAGGGUGUCUUUGCUUGCGGUGACGUCCAGGACAAGCGGUAUAGACAGGCUAUCACCAGUGCUGGCUCCGGCUGCAUUGCUGCCCUCGAAGCCGAAAAGUUCAUCGCCGAAGCCGAAUCCGAGUCUCCCUCUCAGGCCGAGACCCAGGCUACCACCCAGGCCGAGGGAUCGACCAUCCAGCCCGCCGCCCAGGAGGUCCCUGGCACCGAGCGCCGGAAAGUCUCCCAGGGUGGUACCGCUGAGUACCAGCAGAACCCUCUCCUCUAAACCUCUACUUUCACCCUGCAUUUCUCCUUGAACUCUUCCUUCCGAUUCCCUGAUGUCGUGAUUCCUUCCUAUUUGGUUGGUUCUCUCGUCUCUAUGUAAUGAUUCUUCAUAUUUUGUCAUGAUUUCCGUUAUCUGUCAUCUUGUCAUAUUAGAUUUCGUUCAGCGUGUUUUAUUGUAUCGCUGCCACUGUUAAUGUCAGUGUUGUCUUGGGUUUUACGGCCUUUACGGGGCUACUUCAGUCGAUAGAUAUAGAAUUGUAACUCUUGGGAUUACAAAAUUAUUCUCUGC